CGUCCUCCUCUUCCGGUUGUUUUAAAGAUGGCGGUGGUCGCUGACGUUGUCGUAGUCGUAAUGUUUUUCUGCCUCUGAUCCCGUCGACAGCUCCGGUGUUGACGUCAUGAGCAGCGGGUCACGCAGUGCUACCGGAUGCCUCGUGUGAACCGGACGAUCGUUUUAUCGCUACUGGUCAUCAGCAGCUCCGUGUUCCUGUUGUUCCAGCUGUAUUAUUACCGGAAGUACGUCGGCAAGGCUGGUCCUCACAUCCUGAGCCGGACAGGUCACCUGACCUCCAGCGAUGUCCAAUGGCAGACGGUGAAGAAGUUCCUGGCGUUAGCGCAGCGUUUCAGGCUGCCGAUGUUUCUCGCGGACACCGCGGCACUCGGAUUACUCUCCCAGGAUGCUUUGCGACAGCGAGACCGGCAGGUGCGUGAGCCACACUGCAGCUUCCUCUGCACCGACCGGCCAAUCACAUCGUUUGCAGUGUACGCCAACCUGUGGAAGUAUGAUCCUGGCUUCCUAUUGGCUGCUGAGCAGAAAGGUUUCGAGCUGCUGCAGUUGCGAGGAGAGGAUCCUCGAUUGGCCAGUCUGGACACCCUAUCAGGAGAGGAGAUCCCCCUGCACUUCCUGCUCCGCCUUAACGGUCACGUCAUCCAGGUGGUGUUUCUGUACGAGCGCAGCGGCAACUACCUGUGGCACGGAGCACUGCGUCUGAGGGCCCACGCUGACCGAAGCUUCGCUCCCUUCAAGAUGCUCGACUACGGACGCCACGCUGGAGUGUAUGACAGGUACAGGCCACAGCUGGUUCUGACCGUCCUGGACGGCCUCGAUGUUCAAGUCCCACACAACAUUUCACGCUUCCUGUCAGAGCAGCGACACGCCCGUUUCCUGGAGUGCCGUUACCGUGACGCCCACAACUUCUUGCAGCAGCUCUUCCCCGACGACUCAUCUGCGGCGGCGGUGGAUUUCCGUAGGAAGGCGAAGUCGUUGCUUCAUGUCGCCGCUCGAACGCUCGCUCUCCUCGACAUCCCCUUCUGGCUCAGCAGUGGCACCUGUCUGGGCUGGUUCAGGCAGUGCGGCAUCAUCUCAUACAGUCGUGACGUGGACGUUGGGAUCUUCAUCAGGGACUUCAGGUGGGACAUCGUCGCAGCGUUCAGAAAUGCCGGACUGUCGCUCAAACACAAGUUUGGGAAGGUGGAGGACAGUCUGGAGCUGUCCUUUGUGAGUGAUGAUGUCAAACUGGACAUUUUCUUUUUCUACGAAGACGGAGACAUUGUGUGGAACGGAGGAACGCAGGCGAAGAGUGGCAAGAAGUUCAAGUACGUAUUCCCUCGGUUCUCUCUCUGCUGGGCAGAGCUUCUGGAGCUGAAGGUUCGUGUUCCGUGUGAAACGCUCGAUUACGUGACGGCGAAUUACGGCGCUUCCUGGAGCGUCCCAGUGAAGAGCUGGGACUGGAAGUCCUCGCCUAGCAACGUGCAAGAAAACGGGGCGUGGCCUCCAGCGGAAUGGGCGGGACUUAUCCAAGUUUACUGAAACUACAAAUAAAGUGAACAAAACUGAAAGAAGUUGAAGUGAUAUUUGAAUUAAGACUCUUUAACUAAUAAGACUAGUUUUGAUUGGUGUACAGCAAUAGGCCUCGCCCACUUUCUUGUGGAUUUCCCUUCAUUCAUUUUCAUCAUUGACGUUUCAUAAAGUCAAUAAAGAGUAUUAAUCACAA